AUGGAUUCUUUUUCAUUUCAGCUUAAUAGAGCAUUCCAAGAAGAAGAAUCUCCGUCAACAUUUUACUGCAUCAGUAUGCAGUGGUUCAGAGAAUGGGAAGGAUUUGUAAAGGGUAAAGAUAGUGAUCCUCCUGGUCCUAUCGAUAACACUAAGAUUGCAGUAACAAAAUGUGGAAAUGCUGUGCUAAAACAAGGUGCAGAUUCUGGACAAAUAUCUGAAGAAACAUGGAAUUUUCUUCAGUCCAUCUACGGUGGAGGCCCAGAGAUUAUACUCAGACCACCUGUUCCUCCAGCAGAACCUGAUAUCUUGCAAACAGAAGAGAAGAUUGAAUUAGAAACUCACGGUCUGUAGCUAUUGAGAACAAGAUGAACUUGUGAGGAAGCUGGAUUCCUUACAAAAUGCCCAAAAUACAUUCCUAAAAGUUUUACGUCUGUUGGAGGCACAGCUCACUGGGCAUUACAUUAACUAGAGAACAGUAAGUUGAAAUAUGUAUUACAGUUUGCUUGAAGAGAGGCUGCUUCUCUUGUUUGAAAGGCAUAUAGUUUGUACAUUUUUUGAGUGUUUGGUCAAUGGAAAAAAUGUAAUUUCUGAAUUUUUUGGCAUAAAUCAAAACCUUGUUAUAUCCUUAGACUUGAAAAAUGGGGACAAAUUUCAGAGAUGUUCAGUAACCCUUCUGAUUCCUGAUUGGGCUUCUGAUAGCUACAAACUUUUGCCUGUCUUAAUUGUACAGUCUUGACAAACCUAGGUAUAUGGGAAGUAUAUUUUAAAUGGAUUGCAAACAAUGCUAAA